AUUGAAAAUAAUACACAGUUCGAAAUGGGUUUUGCAAAACUUCGUCGUUUAAAACGUGGUGCGGUGCCUAACAUUUACGAAGAAAAUCUGGGGGAUUCCCAGCGUGCGGAAAGAGCUCAGCACAGGGAAAACAAAAGAAUUGUCCGCAAGUUACUUCAACAGAGUGAGACUGCCGUUGCCACUGCAGCCGUUGCGAGUGAUACUGUUGAUGCAAAUAUAUCUGAUGAAAGUGUGAAUAAUAAGGAAAAUAGCCUUACGGAAGCAAAUCUUUCCGAUAUUCCCACGACUUCAACACCUCGCAAAGUAUUUUAUUAUGACAGCAGUUUGCAGGAAGUUGAAGAGUUGGAAGCAAAAUUGUAAGUUUUUAAAAGCAAUAUAGCACUAAAAAUCUUGGUUUAUUGAACAGUUUUCUUCUUAUUACAUGCAUAGUAGAGAAACAUUAAAGCGAGAAAAUAUGA